CGACAACUUCCUGUUGGGGCGGUAGCUUAAUUUACAAACGUGGUUAGCUGUUUACGUUUACGAGUGUUUCUAUUAAAAAAUGGACGACUUACCUGCCGACAUCAAAGCCUUUCUUAAUAAUCACCCCUUCUUUCUGCUAACAGGUGACAAAAAGAUCAAAUGCACUCUGAAUGACCACGAGAUUCCCUGCAACCUGACGGAGCUGCAGCAGUUCACCCAGGGGAAGAAAUACAAGAGACUGACUGCUACAGCAGAGUUCAACUACAAGCAGUAUGAGCCACACAUUGUGCCAAGCACAAAGCAACCCAAUCAGCUCUUCUGUAAACUGACUCUGAGGCAUCUAAACCGGCAACCGGAUCAUGUCUUGAGACACGUCAGCGGGAAACGCUUCAAGAAAGCCCUUUCACAAUAUGAGGAGUGUGUGCAAAAAGGAAUUGAAUAUGUUCCAGCCAGACUGAAACAAAAAAGACCCAAAGGUUCAAGAGAAGAAAUCGGUCAGGGGGCGGAAUCAAAACGAUCGAACAACGUGUGGGAACCCUCAACCAGUGACGAGGAGCACAGCGACUCGGAAGACAGCAUGAGCGACCUCUAUCCACUUUCUAUGUUCACUGUGAAAAAUCCAGAAGCUGAAAGCAAGAAGGGUGAUGAGGAGGAGGACGACGACUUUCAAACAGACAAAGACGAGGAAAUGGAAGUGGAUACGCAAGUGGUGCAGAAACGUAAAAAGGUCCAAAGUGGUGGAUCUCAGAAGAAACUGAGAAAUAACCGGUGGAAAUCGGGACGCAAGAAACGUGGAAAAGUGCAAAAUGGAAAGUGAAGAGUGCAGGCACAUUUAUAUUAUUUUUAUACCUGCGAAACUGUCAGGAGUAAACACUGACAUCCAGUUUAGUUAUUUCUGUCUGAACCAGCCUGUCCUCUGAGCAGCCCUAGCAAAGAGACGUUUUCUCUUUCUGAAGCUGUUGUUCCACCACAGCUGGCUUAGAUGACAUGAAAUGAGCCUGUGGGACAAAUGAAGGUGUGGAUUCUGGUUGAUGCUCUUGUAUAAAAUCUUGAUUUGGAUUGUGCACAUGUUUCUUUUUUUUAUUUCGAUCAGUACAAACAUCACUUGUGCUAGAGCCGUUAAAACAGACACUGUAUUUUAAAAGUGGAUGUGUCGUGUUCACAUCUUUCAAUUCUUUUCAGAAUUUUAUUUGAAUUAAAAGGAGUUUUAAGUUUACAUUUUCACCAUAAAGCAGUGGGGUUUUGAAAAAAAACGUACCUUUUUAUAGAGAUAUAAAGUUGGAUAUUUAGAACGACACCACUUUUUACCGUUAAUCUCAAAUCAUAAGAAUCUUUAUGACAAUUUCUGAUGAAGAUCAUCUUAAACUGAGAAAUGACAGAACUAGCAGUUUUUGUGAAAACUUCAAAAUAAUAUUACGUGAAAUUAAUUCAAUAUCACAAGCUCAAUUUUGGUAAAAUGACUGAUUUAUAGUAAUGUCUGUUUUUUUAAGCUGUGACAGCCAUGUUGAAUGUGGUGUUUCCAAGAGUUAAUUAGUUGUAGAGGACAUCUUAUCGCUGGGCGCACAUUUGUAGUCCAGGUGAAACACAGGCAUGCUGGGUGGUCUUGGUUUGCCCUCCACUUCAAGCAUCAGCCGAAGCAUCAGCUGAAUGUCCUGUUCAGAUUCUCAGCUAAAACGUGACUGAUGUCAACAAAACUGUUCUUUCACUGUCAUGAUCCAAAUGUGAUGAAUAAAACAG